AUGAAAGAAAUUCUUCUCCUAUAUGCCCAGGCCGCUGGCCUCGUGGGAGCAGCAUACUUUCUGGUUCUCGCCAUUUACCGUCUAUGGCUCUCCCCGAUCGCCCACUUUCCAGGCCCGAAGCUGGCUGCCCUCACCCUGUGGUACGAGUUUUACUAUGAUACCAUCCUACAUGGCCAAUUUACCUUUGAGAUUGCCCGAAUGCACCGGAGAUACGGAUUAAUCCCAGCUUCAGGACCAAUUGUACGAAUUAGCCCGUAUGAGCUUCACAUCGAUGACCCGGAGUACUACGAGGUGCUCUACUCGCGCGACAGUCCCCGGAACAAAUACGAAUACUACGUCCGCCAAUUCGGACAGCCGAAGGCCGCCUUCUCGGCCGUCGAACAUUCCCGCCAUCGCCUCCUAAGGGCGAGCAUGAAUCCAUUCUUUUCGCUGACUCGGAUUCGGCGGCAUGAAUCGAGGAUCAAGGCUUUGGCCGAUAAACUCACCCAGAGACUCAACGAGUUCCAAAAUACAGGGAGGCCAAUGGUCAUUCAGCAUGCGUACACCUGCUUCACGACCGAUAUUGUCUCGGAGUACGUUGCGGGUCAGGAUUUCCAUUACCUUGAUUCCCCCGACUUCAUGCCACAGUGGUGCGAAACGCUUAGUGGAAUCGCCAAGGCCGGAGUAUUUUUCAAGCCGUUCCCCUGGCUGCAUUCUGUUAUGAAAUGUCUUCCGCAGAGUUGGGUUUCGCGGGUCGACGCAGGGAUGGGAUUGUUCUUCAGCUUCCAGCAGCGAUGCGCAAGCUUGAUUCAAUCCAUCACCGAUAGCGAGAAUAACCAACCGGGGAAAUCGGCAAAUAAUACACGCGCCCACACUGCGUUUUUCCAUGAGGUCUUGAAAAGCGACCUGCCGCCCUCCGAGAAGAGCGCGGAACGGCUCGCUCAGGAGAUGCUGAUUGUUGUGGCUGCUGGUGCGGAGACAACGGCCAAGGCGUUGACCUGGAUUACUUUCCACUUACUUAACAAACCGGAACUUCUGCAAAGAUUGCUGGAUGAGCUGCAGAGGUUGGAUCCGAAUCAGACCGCAUCGUUGCUGCAGCUCGAGCAAAUGCCGUACUUGAACGGAGUCAUACUUGAGGGUCUCAGAAUGGACCAUUCCACCGGGAAUUCGCAUCGCUUCAUGCCGGAAAGAUGGUUGGACCUGCAGACCAGAAAACACCUCGAGAAGUACAUGGUUGCGUUCAGCAAAGGGUCUAGACAAUGUAUCGGGAUGAACUUGGCCAAAUCCGAAAUGCUGUUGGCUGUCUCCAAAGUCUUUCGGGAAGUGAAGUUUGAACUGUUUGAGACGACAGUCGAGGAUGUGACCAUGGCACAUGAGUUAUUUCUUCCAUUUCCUAAAGUAGGAAGCAAAGAGUCAUUCAACAUAGAGAGUCUUAUCCUCGUGCUAAAGAGCUUCAAGCUCACCUGA